AUGGCUGAAUUACAUCUUAUUGGAGAAAUUACAGGAGCAACAGGGUACAGGGAAGAUAAUCUGUUUUGCUCAUUUCAUGUUGAAAAGGGAAGUCACUGGACACAUGUAAGCGGCUUGGAAAAAGGACAAACACAAGUAAAUAAGAGACACGGAGAAGAUAUGGUCAAUAUAUUUGCACAUCCGAUAGAUAUUCAUUACUCAACACCAACUGUUGUAGGUUGGCCUAAAAUAGUGAUACAAGUGUGGUACAAUGAUAAUUAUGGAAGAAAUGAUUUUGUGGCAUAUGGAGUUUUGAAUAUCCCUUCGCAGGGAGGUUACUUUGAAUUGGAGUGUCCAACAUGGAGGCCAGUAGGAAAUUUGAAGGAUAGAAUUGGUGACCUAGUUGUUGGUGGAAGAAUGCAAGUAAAGGAUUUAUCAAUUGUACAUAACGGAGAAGACAGAAGAAAGCUCACAACCAUAUCAUGUGGAACUGUAUAUAUCAAAUUGAAUGUAUUAUUAAGGAACUUUAAAAAGUAUGGAGUUUCAACAACUCAGGUACAACAAUAA